GCUACCGCUGAAGCUGCCGCCGCUGCCGCUGCCGCUGCCGCCGCCGAGUCGGAGCGAGCGGAGCCGCGAUGGAGACUAUGGCGAGCCCAGGGAAAGACAACUACCGAAUGAAAAGUUAUAAGAAUAAUGCCCUAAAUCCCGAGGAAAUGAGACGAAGAAGAGAGGAAGAGGGCAUACAGCUCCGUAAACAGAAGCGAGAGCAACAACUUUUUAAACGGAGAAAUGUUGAGCUGAUCAAUGAAGAACCUGCUAUGUUUGACAGUCUCCUCAUGGACUCCUAUGUGAGCUCUACUACUGGGGAGGGUGUGAUCACAAGAGAGAUGGUGGAGAUGCUCUUUUCUGAUGAUUCUGACCUGCAGUUAGCAACCACACAGAAAUUCCGGAAACUGCUCUCCAAAGAACCCAGUCCCCCAAUAGAUGAAGUCAUCAACACUCCGGGAGUGGUAAAUAGGUUUGUGGAAUUUCUGAAGAGGAAUGAGAAUUGUACAUUACAGUUUGAAGCUGCCUGGGCUCUAACAAACAUUGCCUCUGGAACCUCUCAGCAGACCAAAAUUGUCAUUGAAGCUGGGGCUGUCCCCAUUUUCAUAGAGCUACUUAACUCGGACUUUGAGGACGUACAAGAACAGGCUGUCUGGGCACUGGGAAACAUAGCUGGAGACAGCUCCAUUUGCCGAGAUUUCGUCUUGAACUGCUCUAUCCUUAAUCCUUUGUUAAUGCUCCUUACCAAGUCCACACGGCUGACAAUGACACGGAAUGCUGUCUGGGCCCUGUCAAACCUCUGCCGGGGCAAGAAUCCACCUCCAGAAUUUCAAAAGGUCUCUCCUUGUUUGCCUGUGCUAUCUCGCCUACUAUUCAGUAGUGAUUCAGACUUGCUGGCGGAUGCGUGCUGGGCCCUCUCUUAUCUGUCAGAUGGCCCCAAUGAGAAGAUUCAGGCAGUCAUAGACUCUGGAGUUUGUCGGCGACUGGUUGAACUGCUGAUGCAUAAUGAUUACAAAGUGGCUUCUCCUGCCCUGCGAGCUGUGGGGAACAUUGUCACUGGGGAUGACAUCCAGACCCAGGUCAUUCUUAACUGUUCAGCCCUCCCUUGCCUCCUUCAUUUGCUGAGCAGCCCCAAAGAGUCGAUCCGGAAGGAAGCUUGUUGGACCAUCUCAAACAUCACUGCUGGCAACAGAGCUCAAAUACAGGCUGUCAUAGACGCGAAUAUCUUCCCUGUGCUGAUCGAAAUCCUUCAGAAAGCAGAGUUCCGUACAAGGAAAGAAGCAACUUGGGCUAUCACCAAUGCCACAUCAGGAGGGACCCCUGAGCAGAUCAGGUAUCUGGUCUCCCUGGGCUGUAUCAAGCCUCUGUGUGACUUGCUAACUGUGAUGGAUUCAAAGAUUGUACAAGUGGCCCUCAAUGGACUGGAGAACAUCCUUCGGCUUGGAGAGCAAGAGGCCAAGCGCAGUGGCUCAGGGAUCAAUUCCUACUGUGGCCUCAUUGAGGAAGCUUAUGGUUUAGAUAAAAUCGAGUUUCUCCAGAGUCACGAGAACCAGGAAAUCUAUCAGAAGGCAUUUGACCUCAUUGAGCACUACUUUGGUGUGGAAGAUGACGACAGCAGCCUGGCUCCCCAAGUGGAUGAAACGCAACAGCAGUUUAUCUUCCAGCAGCCUGAGGCCCCCAUGGAGGGCUUCCAGCUAUAAUGUCUGCCUCCGGGGAGGGGAGGGGAUGGGAAGCACCAUCAACCAGCGGAAAAGCAGCCCUCUGGUGGGCGGGAAACCAUCCCCCCAUCAUCAGCUACCACACACCUCUGCUGCCCUGGAGACUGUGCUCUGACCUGCUCCACCCCCUUCCCUGGAGGGAGCACCCUCUGGACACACCAUCUGAGGCUCCCAUUUGGGUUUUGUGACAAGAAGGGGACGUGUUGGGGUUUUUUCCUUACACUAUAUUUUGGCUGCACACAUGGCUUUAACCCAGGAGCCCAGGGGUAGACAAAGGAGGACUGAGGUAAUCAGUUUUGCACCUUUUUUAUAUAUAUAUUUUUUCUUUUGUGGUGACUUCCUUCCCUUUUAUUUUUCUUCAUUCUUACCAGUCCUCUGCCCAGAUCUGUGUAACUCUGAUCUCGGGUACUUGAUGAGCAGAUGGAGGAAUUCCAGAGGUGGGGG